AAAAUAUGACUUCUCAAAUCUUUCCAAUCUCGCAAAUCUACUGAAUAACACAUAUUUUGGUACUAUUUCCAUGGAUAUCUUUAAUUUCCCCUCCUGGCGAUGGUAACGAUGAGUUUUGCGAAAUAAGAACAUGAACAAUUGCUGGGUAAAUUUGCGAAAAAAAUCCCAUGGUUUUCCACUUAAAUUUUUGCGAAAUCUCGCAUAUCUCGCAAAACGUCGCAAGUUAUGUUGAUAUGCUCAAUUUGCGAGAUAUGCGAAGGUCGACGUGAGUACGCACAGAGAUUAAUUCCUACAUUCAAUCCGCAUAUUUCACAUUCGUUACGUUGGUAAUUACCUUAUCAGUUCCUCCACUAACCCAUUUUUUAUUUAGCACGUAUUCAUUACAAAAUUCUGAAGCAAAUGAUACACACAUGGAUACAAACUCUAAUCUCCAUUUAAUUCAGUCCGUGCAUACAUAAUUUCAACAUAUUCCAAUUGAACUCUGCCCGAAUAAUGGGCCACAUCACAAUGGAAGGACGCAUGAAGAUCCAGGUGUCAAUCAUUCGGUUAUCUUGCAGAUAUGUAUCCCAUUCUAAACAUUAUCUUCCAGCUUAAACUUCAGAUCGUACCGUACAUCAUAAAUCUUCGCACGUAAAAUAAUUCGCAUUCGUAAAUUUCUCCACAAAUAUUGCAAUUAUAAAAUAUUCGCGAAAUGGGUUUGAAACAAUUUUUCCGAGACGGUUCCGUCAUCAAAGGUGCGGCAGGUUUCAUCAUUGGGAACGCGUUCAUAGAUGUCGUCGCCGUUUUCACGUCCGCCUUUGUGAUCCCGGUUUUCGGGAUAUUUGGCGGCAUCCCGGAAUUUAAGGGGUCUACCUUCACCAUCAACAAUUCAAAAUUCUAUCACGGCGAAUUUCUUGAUGCCAUAGUAACCUUUGCGAUCGUUGGGUUGGUCCUAUACCUUUGUAUCAUCCUUCCAUUUGACCUGAUAAGAAAGUACGUCAUCUCUGAGGAUCCCCCCGAGGUGCGAGACUGUCCUCGAUGCUGGGUCGAAAUUAAUAGCAGGGCCAGCAAGUGUCCCUUUUGUACGGCGGAUAUUGAACCACUUUGGGUAGUUGGGGAUGAGGAGGAGGAAUCCACCAGUAAAUGUUCAUGUCAUAAGAAAUGGGAUUGUAAUUCUACGUCGAAUUGCAGCAAGUCUUCUGCGUUAUGCUGCUCAAGAAUUUUUCUUCUUGAGGGAAAGGAUUCCACUCUGGCGACUCAAACCAAUCUGAAUCCAAUUGUUCCAAGUUCCCAAGAAAUGGCGAAAAAUCAGGAUACGAAGGAACUUGAAUUCCGUGAAGAUGUUGACCCUGCGUCGUUAGGACGUAAUGAGAUUAGAGGCUCAAGCUCGAGUGAUGAGUAUUCUGUAUAACUAUUCAUUGGGUCAGUUGGAGACAAGUCGAGGCCCGUUAUACGAUUUUGUUUGGAUUAUCGGUAGUUUUAUUAUUUGCAGUACAAAACAUUUCGGAACAUACAUAUAUAUAAAUUACCAGAUAAACAUGUUGUAUUCAUAUAUCAUCUCUAAAUGUUAACUAACUUGUGCACCAUAUCGAUAAGGCGAUAACCAUACCAUUUGUUAUACAAUAAGUUGUGCCACAAGUUGUACCAUUAGUGGUACCAUAAGUUGUAAAGUAAAUUAUAAAUGAAAUUGUAGCCUAAAUCGUAGAAUGCAGGAAUGUCACGGAAACUUUGACCGGACGGACUUUUCGAAAUUAUAAUAUAGAUGUCUAAACUGCACAAGUGGACCGAUCUAGGGCAUGUAAUAUCGAUAUCGGUUUCGGUAUUUCGGUAUUUCGGUAUUCGAUAUUCAAAUACCGAAAUAUCGAUAUUUCGGUAUCUAAAUACCGAAAUUAAAAUCUUGUAAUUUAUGAUUGUAAAUAAUUAAGCAAAUCUUCGGUUGGUUAGCAAUGAUAUAUAAUUUCAAAUUUUUUACCCCAUUGACGAAGCAAGGUCACAAUGUGAUAAAAUGAUGACAUCUCUAUACUUCUUUAAAAACAUCGUCUCAAACCUUAUUUGAAAUUU